AUGAGGCGGCACCCAUCAGUGGCGUCCGUGACGCAGGCGCGCGUGCUGCGCCCCGCCACCACCGACUCGUACAAGUUCCUCGGCCUGCCCUCCUCAUUGUGGGCUGCUGCUGGCGGGCCCAGCAGCGCGGGGGAUGGGACUGUGAUCGGCAUCGUGGACACUGGCAUAUGGCCCGAACAUGCCUCGUUCGACGACACGGGCUACAGCAGCACGCUCCCGUCUGGAUGGUCAGGCACGUGUCCCACUACAAGCGACUUCGCUUGUAACAACAAGAUCAUCGGAGGGGGUGUGUUUCACGCGGGGUUUGAGAGUGUCGGCACCACCAUCGACCUCUCGGGUGACUGGAUGUCGCCUCGUGAUUCUGCCGGGCACGGCACGUGGUGUGCGGGGGCAGCCGCAGGCAACAACAACGUGCCAAUCCCCAACAUGGGAACAGCCAGUGGCAUGGCGCCAAGGGCGCGCCUGGCCAUGUACAAGAUCUUCUGGAAGUCAAACGGGAAUAUGUACGCCACGAGCCCAGACAUCUUCUCAGCCGUUGAUCAGGCCGUGGCCGACGGUGUGGAUGUGCUGAGCCUGUCGCUGGGCGGAGCCAGUCCCACCGACACCUACUUUGACGACGUGCCCUUCAUCAGCGUCCACGCCGCGGGGGUGUUUGUGGCCUUUGCAGCCGGCAACGACGGUCGCCCAUCAGCCUUCGCAGCCACGGGCUAUCGCACGCUCUGCAACUUCUCGCCCUACUACAUGACCGUUGGGGCCAGCUCCAUCUCCCGCAACGGUGCAUCCAUCUCCUCCACAACAGCAACAGCAACAGCAACGUCCCUCGAAGCUCCCCCAAACACCACAACCCCCACAGCCCUCGCAACAUCCACGACAGUGUCAACCCUCAGUGGAGCGCGCAUCCCAGCCAGCAUCUCCCCAGCAGCCACCGCCGCCCCGGUGGUCGCCUACUUCUCCUCCACCGGUCCACUUGCCAAGCCAUCAGCAGCCACCCCUGCCGCCUACCCCUCCAACACCAUCCUCAAGCCCGACCUCAUUGCCCCGGGGGUUGAGCUCUACGCUGCUUUUCCCGGCAGGACUGUCGGCUCUAAGGGAGGGUUCCAAGCGCUGUCAGGGACUUCCAUGGCUACUCCACAUAUUGCCGGCAUUGCUGCGCUUAUAAUCCAGCAGCAUCCUGAUUGGACGCCCUCGCAGAUCAUGUCUGCUAUGAUGACUACAGCGCGGACUACUAAUACCGGUAAUGGGGCGAUUAAAAACGAGUAUGGGGCCGCGGCGUCGCCGUGGGAGAUGGGAGCGGGGCAUGUGGUGCCUGCUAGGGUGGUUGACCCUGGGUUAACCUAUGAUGCCGGGGAGCAGGACUUCAGAAACUUUCUCGCCGGACAGAACUAUAACCGGGCGAAGGGUGAGUUCGGCACGGCCUCCCUCAGAGCUGUUUCCGCGAAGAAUCUGAACCGGCCAGCUAUCUCGCUGGCCAAGGUGCACAACAAAGCUUCAGUAACCCGGACUGUUACAAAUGUUGCGGAUACCACGUCGACGUAUAGAUCUUUCAAGUUUGGCAGCCUCACGUGGGUGGAUGGCAAGGGGCACUCCGUGCGGUCAGUGCUGGCCGUGCAGCCGAGUAGCGCAUGCUGCUUCCCCCCCGACGUCUCGUCGCUCUACAUCGUCCGCCUACGUUCCGCGCCGCCCGUCGCCUCGUACCGCGGCGGAUUUCCCGGGUUCCCGGCAACGGCCGUUUGGGACAGCGAUCCUAACGGCAGCGCGACAGACGCGGCCGCGUCAGACGCCGCCGCCAACGGUUCGGUUGCUGUUGGCACCGCUUCUGUUUCCUCCUCCUCCUCCUCCGCCGCCGCUGGUGCGGCUACCACCAGCGGUUUAGGAUGGCUUGGCCGUCGACCGCGGCGGGCGCGGGUGAACGUGAGGGCGCCGGGCGUGAGGGCGUUCAAGCAGCUGCUGCAGCGCAUGCAGCAGGCCGUGCUGAGAGACAGCGGGGUGGACGCGGGGAAGAUGCUCUAUAGCGCCUCAAAAGUCGUCUCUUAUCCCGCAAUUCCCUGCGAUCGGCUUCCCUGCGACCCUCACCCCCUUCGUCUUUUCCGGUCCCUCGUCUUCUCCCUUACGCCCUCCCGCGUUCCCUUCUUCAGCUAUAAGCACGCGUCGAACGGCUUCUCAGCGACGCUCACGGCAGCGCAGGUGCGGCGCAUGAGGCGGCACCCCUCUGUGGCGUCCGUGACGCAGGCGCGCGUGCUGCGCCCCGCCACCACCGACUCGUACAAGUUCCUCGGCCUGCCCUCCUCGCUCUGGGCUGCUGCUGGCGGGCCCAGCAGCGCCGGGGACGGCACGGUGAUUGGCAUUGUGGACACUGGCAUAUGGCCCGAACAUGGUUCCUUUGAUGACACGGUAGGUUACUAUGUCGCAAUGCCUCGCCUUGACACCGGCAUAUGGCCUGAGCACGGUUCCUUUGAUGAUAUGCACCCCACUGACCCACCGCUACCCAUCCUCCCCUCCGCCGCUCCACCCCCCUCCACCAAUCCUCCCCCCCACCAGGGCUACAGCAGCACGCUCCCUGCCGGGUGGUCAGGCACGUGUCCCACUACAAGCGACUUCGCUUGUAACAAGAAAAUCAUUGGAGGGGGCGUGUUUCAUAAGGCGUUUGAGAGCGGCAACACCACCAUCGACCUCACAAGUGACUGGCACUCGGCGCGUGAUUCUUCUGGGCACGGCACGUGGUGUGCGGGGGCGGCAGCAGGCAACAGUGUGCCGAUUUCCAACAUGGGAACAGCCAAUGGCAUGGCACCAGGGGCGCGCCUGGCAAUGUACAAGGUGUUCUGGCAGGCGAAUGGUUACGUGUACGCCACGAGCCCAGACAUCUUCUCAGCCGUUGAUCAGGCCGUGGCCGACGGUGUGGAUGUGCUGAGCCUGUCGCUGGGCGGAGCCAGUCCCACCGACACCUACUUUGACGACGUGCCCUUCAUCAGCGUGCACGCCGCGGGGGUGUUUGUGGCCUUUGCAGCCGGCAACGAUGGCCGGCCAAACUCUGCAGCAGCCACGGGCUAUCGCACGCUCUGCAACUUCUCGCCCUACUACAUGACUGUGGGCGCUAGCACCAUCUCUCGCGACGGUGCAUCCAUCUCCCCCACAACAGCAGCAGCAGGAAAAACAACAGCAGCAGCAACAGCAGCAAUUUCACCCCUUGAAACCCCUUCCAACACCACAGCCACCACUGUAUCAACCCUCACUGGAGUGCGCAUCCCAGCCAGCAUCUCCCCCGCAGCCACCACCGCCGCCGCCCCUGUAAUAGCCUACUUUUCCGCCACUGGUCCACUCGCCAAGCCCUCAGCAGCAGUCACGCCUUCAGCCUACCCCUCCAACAUCAUCCUCAAGCCCGACAUCAUCGCUCCAGGGGUUGAAAUCUUCUCUGCUGCUCCAGACCACACGGUUGGCUCUGGGGGGUGGUUUGUCGCGCUUUCAGGGACUUCCAUGGCUACUCCACACAUCGCCGGCAUUGCUGCUCUGAUCAUCCAGCGGCGCCCUGAUUGGACGCCCUCGCAAAUAAUGUCUGCAAUGAUGACUACAGCACGCACCACUAAUACCAAUAACGGGGCGAUUCAAAACGAGUACGGGAGUGCUGCGUCGCCGUGGGAGAUGGGAGCAGGGCAUGUGGUGCCUGCUAGGGUGGUUGACCCUGGGUUAACCUAUGAUGCCGGGGAGCAGGACUUUAGAAACUUUCUCGCCGGGCAGAACUACAACUGGGCGAAGGGCGAGUUCGGCACAGCUUCUCUUAAAGCCGUAGCAGCGAGGAAUCUGAAUCGGCCAUCUAUCUCGCUGCCUCAGAUUGAGACGCUUCACGUUCCAGAAGACUCCUCCUCCGCGUCUGGUGCUGAGCCUCACGAAGCCGCGAGCAGCCAAACAAAUGAAGCCUUGCGGGACGAAGCAGACGGCUCUGAAACGCAACGGUCAUCUGAGGGUCAUGGUCAACAAGCCGCAGCAGCUUUCGGGGCGCGCCACGGCGAUGCGGAAGGCGAUGACCUCGCGGAGGAUUUUGAUUAUUUAGAUCUGGAGGAUCUCGAGCAGACGUGGCCGGAGCGGAGGGAGAGCAUUCUCGGCACGCGAUGCGGGUCGCCCAAAGGCGCCACGGAGGUCGGAAUAAUGCGGUCCGAUGCGAUUAGGUUCGGCGGCCCUCGCGAGUCGCUGAAAUCAUGGACACCGCAACCGCGCGCGUGA